GAACAAACAUCGAGUCCAUCCCGAAGGGUGCUGUGACUCUAUGCUUUCUCGGUUUAAACUCAUGUCGCUCGCUCACCAACACGUUCCAACGCAAAUCACACCAUGUGUGACUUUAUUCAGCGAAGGCACUUUUGUGGCCACUUCCGCUUUAUCGCUUCGAAAUGGUGCCGCGAUUACUCAGCCACCCAACAUCCGAUCAAUCCCAAUAUCUUAUACUUUGAGAGAGUGGAUGCCUUGUGCAGGGACUGCAAGCUGAAGGAGGCGCCGCCCUGCGAUCGGGAAAGCAUGAUCAAACGAAAACAAAACGGCAACCUUUCCUCUCUUUAAUCGGCGUUUGAGUGGGCAUCUGGGGCUGGUGUGAGGCGCUUGCGACUUGAAUAUGGUAUUUUGACAUCAAGGCAACAAGAGCGUCGGGCUUGGUAGGGGAAAAGGGGGAUCGGAACGGAAAAUAUCCGUCUAUCAUGCUGGGCACGGGAGAGGGCUGCCAGGCCGAAUUAUCCUGUUCGGGUAUGUUUUAAAGGGAUAGAAUGCUUUUGGUGAACCUAUGAGGACUUGGGAUGUUCAAAGGCAGAGACAAAUACAAAGAUCAUGUAAUUCAGUAGCUCUUCUCGGAGACUAUCGCCAAAACUGAC